AUGUCCGUCAAGUCCUUUACCUCCCCAUCCGCACCCUCGCCGCUCGGUCGGAAUCGAAGCUCGCUAUUGUCCAAGUUCCGCGCGCCGUUCGGUCACCGGAAUCGCAGCAUUGCCGACUAUUACAUCGAGCCUGACGACCCCUGGCGCUCGUACUUUCCCGGUGAUGUGGUCAAGGGCACUGUGGCCCUGACCGUGGUUCGACCCGUGCGGAUUACACACUUAGUGGUCUGUCUACAUGGAUAUGUCAAGGUGUUCAAGAACACGGUGCCUUCGGGCGAGACGGAUCCUGAUCUGGGUUUCCUCGGCCCAGGGCGCGGGCGUCGGGGACCAGAGUAUUUGGGCAAUGGCUUAGCCACCCUGUUCGAGGAUGAGGUGGUUCUCUGCGGCGAUGGGCGUCUGAAGGAGGGCAUCUACAAAUUUCGCUUUGAAAUGUGCUUCCCGCCUUAUGCGCUGCCCAGUAGUAUCAGCUUUGAACGAGGUACUAUCUCGUAUAUGCUUACAUCCACCCUAACCAAACCCACGACGAUGAACCCGACUGUUUCCUGCCGAAGACGCGUCAAUUUCCUAGAGAACAUCGAUAUUGCACCCUUUCCGGCCCCCAAGGCUCGCAUCGUGACCCUUGAACCUGUUACCAAACGCUCAAAACCCAAGGGCAAGGCCAAGUCAGUAGAAUCUGAUGCGGCUGCGGAUGUCCAGUCUCGGGAGCCGUCUCUCAAUGGUAGUGGAGCGGUCGGAGAUAAUCGCCCGCCCCUUAGUCCGGCCCCCAGUAAUGUCAGCUCGUCGAGUCGGCUCAGCAACAGCAGCCAAAGCUUUCAACUGGUCAGUGACCCUAGUUCGUCUGCUGGCACCGGGGUACGCAAUGGCAGCAUCACCCCUUCGAUCGCGGAUAAGACCAUCACGGCGAAAACGGAACUUUUACGGGCUGGUGUGCUGCCGGGUGAGACGCUACCGAUCGUCAUCACCAUCAAUCAUUGUAAACAAGUGCGCAGCGCGCAUGGAAUUAUCGUCACGUUAUACCGUCAAGGGCGCAUCGACCUUCAUCCUGCCAUCCCGAUCGGCACUACGGCGAAUGGCAAAAAGCCCGUUUACGAGGACUACUAUCCGCGAUCACGGACAGGGCUGGGAGGCCUUACGUUAGGCACUAGUCGCACCAGCAGCGUCUUCCGGAAAGACCUGGCUCAGACGUUUGCGCCUUUGGUGGUCGACCCCACGAACAUGACUGCCGUGGUGAAGACUUCAAUCCGCAUUCCGGAGGAUGUUUUUCCUACUAUUACGCGCACUCCAGGCAGUAUGAUUAAUUUUCGAUACUAUGUGGAGGUGGUUGUCGACUUGCGGGGCAAGCUCACGUCUCCCGAGCGCUUUUUACCACGGUUCAAUAUGGUAUCGUCCGGGAGUAAUUUCUCGCCGAGUGGCCAGGUUCUGAACCCAAGUGACGCCAAUGGCAACUCAAUUACCACGAACUGGGCUGGCAACAUCCUAGACACGGCUCAGAUACGCCGUGAAAAGGGAGUUGUAGCUGUCGCGUUUGAGGUUGUGAUCGGGACCCGUGACUCGCAACGGCGCAAGGAGAAAACCGAACGCACGCCCUCUGUGGCUGCGGUGUCUGACAUAUAUCCACCCCAGGCACAUCCCGCUGUGGAAAGUGACCACUGGCAGAACGGUUAUAGCCCGAUGCCGACCACGAACUCGGAGUAUCUGCCUCAGACCGACUACGGCUUUCCUGAUGAGUCGCAGUGGCCAAUGUAUGAGGACGAAACCGCUCAGCACUACCAAUCGUUAGGCGGAAUGGUUGCAACACCGCAGUCUGAAGAGCCGACGGAUGAGAAAGCGCGCCUGCGGCACGCUGAGCAGACUCUCUUACCCAGUCGGCCGCCGGAUGAUUCUGAGCCAGGACCUUCGACCGGUCAUUUGGCAAUGCCAACUGCGCCCGUGCUUCCUGAAGAUGACCACAUCAACGAUUAUCAUCAUUUACCGUCGCCGGUGGAGAACGGCCUGCCUCACACGUUGGGAUCAGCGGAAUCGGUGCAGACUGUAGUUGCCAGCAGCAGUGCAGCCGAACCGAAUGGAAGCACAGCACCCCCCGGCGAGGACAAGCAGGAAUUGGAGCGACAGCGACUGAUGAUGGAAGCAAGUGCUCCAGAAGACAUGGAUGCCGAUAACGACAACUCCACCGUCCAUGGACCCAGUGCUCCGGUUUUCCAUGAUGACCACGACGAGCAACUGGUGGGAGGAGCAGCGCACGGAGACGAGUCAUUACCGCGUUACCAGCGAUAA